AAAACAUUGAUUUAAUAUUAUACGUUCUAAACUUGGCUAUAUAAACAUCAUAUGGAGACAUUAUAGAAUGCAUUGUUAAACUUGGUAAGCGCGAUGGCAAACCAAACAAGACCGAACCUUCCUCUAUUACUCGAAAAGAAACCGGUCGAGCUUGUUAAACCCUCGAAACACACUCCUUCCGAAAUUCUCUCCCUUUCUACUUUAGACAACGAUCUUUUCAAUGAAGUUAUGUACGCAACGAUUUACGUUUUCAAAGCCAAUGAAAAGAACCAAAAUGACCCUGUCCCUUUGCUUAGGAAGGCUUUGUCCGAACUUCUUGUGUACUACUAUCCCCUUUCAGGCAAGCUAAUGAGACGAGAGAGUGAUCGAAAACUUCAGCUUAUUUUUGGGGGUGAGGGAGUUCCAUUUGAGGUCGCUACCGCAUCUCUCGACCUCUCCUCUCUAAACUAUAUAGAGAACCUUGAUGACCAAGUUGCUUUGCGCCUUGUGCCUGAAAUCGAAAUAGACUACGACAGCAACGUUGGUUAUCAUCCUCUAGCUUUGCAGGUGACCAAGUUUGCAUGCGGAGGAUUCACCAUUGGCACCGCACUGACGCACGCCGUAUGUGAUGGAUUCGGUGUGGCUCAAGUCAUUCAUGCUUUAACCGAGUUGGCUGCAGGAAAGAGUGAGCCAUCGGUGAUGCCGGUGUGGCAGAGAGAGCGGUUGGUCGGAAAAUUUGAUAAUGAACCGGCCAAAGUGCCUGGCGGUCACAUUGCUAGUCUUUUGGCCACCUCACCAUAUAUUCCAACUACUGAUAUGGUAACGGAGAUAAUUAAUAUUCGUGCUGCGAACAUAAAAAGGCUUAAAGAUUCUUUGAUGAAAGAGUGCGAGUUCACUAAAGAGAGUUUCACUACUUAUGAAGUACUUAGUUCUUGCAUAUGGAAAGCAAGAUCUCGAGCCCUAAAACUAAACCCUGAGGGGAUCACUGUCCUUGGCGUAGCUGUUGGAAUCCGACAUGUUCUAGACCCACCACUUCCUCAAGGGUUCUACGGUAACGCAUACAUAGACGUCUAUGUGGAGUUAACUGUGAGAGAACUCGAAGAAGCAUCAAUCUCUGACAUCGCGAAGCGUGUGAAGAAAGCCAAGAAAACAGCCUAUGACAAGAUGUAUCUCGAGGAAGAGCUAAAGAACACAGAGAGGUUGAUGAAGGAGAAUGCGACAUUCGAAGGUGUAAGCGACGGACUAUUGUUCUUGACGGAUUGGAGGAAUAUUGGUUGGUUCGGAUCAAUGGAUUUUGGUUGGAAUGAGCCUGUGAAUCUGCGGCCGUUGACCGAACGUGGGAGUGCAUUGCAUGUAGGGAUGAUCUUGAAACCUUCUGAACUUGAUCCAUCAAUGGAAGGUGGAGUUAAAGUGGUCAUGACGUUGCCAAGAGAUGCAAUGGUUGAAUUCAAGCACGAUAUGGAUGAAAUAUGGAUGGUGACCAAGUUUGCGUGCGGAGGGUUCACCAUUGGCACCGCAUUGACGCACGCCGUGUGUGAUGGAUUCGGUGUGGCUCAGAUCAUCCAUGCUUUAACCGAGUUGGCUGCAGGAAAGAGCGAGCCAUCGGUGAUGCCGGUGUGGCAGAGAGAGCGGUUGGUCGGAAAAUAUGAUAAUGAACCGGCCAAAGUGCCUGGCGGCGACAUUGCUAGUCUCUUGGCCACCUCACCAUAUAUUCCAACUAAAGAUAUGGUGACGGAGAUCAUCAACAUUCGGGCUGCGAACAUAAAGAGGCUUAAAGACUCUUUGAUGAGAGAGUGCGAGUUCAAUAAAGAGAGUUUCACUACUUACGAAGUACUUAGUUCUUGCAUAUGGAAAGCAAGAUCUCGAGCCCUAAAACUAAAGCCUGAGGGGAUCACUGUCCUUGGCGUAGCUGUUGGAAUCCGACAUGUUCUAGACCCGCCACUUCCUCAAGGGUUCUAUGGUAACGCAUACAUAGAUGUCUAUGUGGAGUUGACCGUGAGAGAACUCGAAGAAGCAUCAAUCUCUGACAUCGCGAAGCGUGUGAAGAAAGCCAAGAAAACAGCCUAUGACAAGUUGUAUCUCGAGGAAGAGCUGAAAAACACUGAGAGAUUGAUAAGGGAGGAUGUGAGAUUCGAAGGGGUAAGCGACGGACUAUUGUUCUUGACGGACUGGAGGAAUAUUGGUUGGUUCGGAUCGAUGGAUUUUGGUUGGAAUGAGCCUGUGAAUCUGCGGCCGUUGACCGAACGUGGGAGUGCAUUGCAUGUAGGGAUGAUCUUGAAACCUUCUGAGUUGGAUCCAUCAAUGAAAGGUGGAGUUAAAGUGAUGAUGACGUUGCCAAGAGAUGCAAUGGUUGAAUUCAAGCAAGAAAUGGAUGUUUGUUUUCUUCCAAUAUCACCUCAUCAUUUACCAAGCUCAAGCAAACCGGUGCCCUUGAAUUUAUCUUGCGUUAUCCCAUCGAUACGAGCAGCCAUCUCCGGAGUCAGAUAAUUGGCCCAAUCUCCAACUUUUCCUUUCCUGAAAUAAGUGCUAUUCGCAUAAUAAGCUGCAUGAUCCUCUCUCAUGUUAUCACCUUUGUUAGCUUCAAGAUUCUUCAACGUCUCGAAGCUGCAAAGAUUCACCACCUUCUCAGCAACCCCUUUCUCCUCUUCCUCAGCUGUGAAUCCAUGGCCCAUGAACUCGGCCAAUCUCUUCACGUACGGCAACGGAUCAGGUCUCAUAUCCUCGUACUUGAGGAACAAAAUCUGAUUUGGAUUCUCUUGGUAAGCCUUCCAAUACGACAAGACAUGAUCAAGAUAAGGACCAUACGCAGACAGACCUCGACAGAACAUAUCAAAACACUCGUCAAGAUUGUUGAGAGGAACUGGUCCAAGUUCCGACCUCUCCCUCUGGAUGAAUGUCCACAAGGAGAUGAAAGUGUCUUUCGGAUCUCUCCAGAUGUAAACCAUCUUACAACCCGAUUUCACAACCGAGUCGGGUAGUGACCCGUGUGGGACAUGGGUCGAAAACAGAGUGUUUCCUUUGUCGUUGACAACGUCUGCUUCAGGGAAGAAAGGGAAAUCCAACUCGAUGAAAGGAACAAACUCGUGAGGGUUACGUUUUAGGAGAGGGUUGGAGGAAUCGUCGAAGCGUGCUCGAUUGGCGAUGGCGAAAGUCAGGGCUUUGAGCCAAGUGGUGCCGGUCUUUGGGUGGCUACAGACGAGGAAGUCGUUGGGUCUCGCUUGAAAGAAGUCUUGCGCGUGAAGGCAACCUUCAAGGAAAUACUGUAGCCACCAGUGACCACCGUAUUGAAUCAGGGGAUCUUCAGGCCCCCAGCCUUCCUCCUGAGGAAGAGUGGAGAUUAGGGCUUGGUACCGUUCCUGAUUCUUCUCAAACUCUCUUGACUCUGUCUGGAUCUCGGUCUUGGUCUCGUCGGUCAGAAUUUCUGAUUCCAUUAGAGAUAGAGAAAGAGUAUGGGGGUAAGAGAACAAGCGUAGUAUAUCGUUCUUAGUUAUGAUCUGCGUGCAAACAACGAUCGUGCGUGGGUUUAAUAUGUGAUUGUAGUCGUUGUACC